AUGGCGACCAGCAAAAGCGAGCUCCGACUGGACGGAAAAGUGGCUCUGAUCACGGGAGCGUCCCGGGGCAUAGGAGCAGCCAUAGCUCUGGGUUUAGCUUCAACUGGAGCAAAUAUAAUUGUCAACUAUGCCUCAAGCGCUGAGCAAGCAAACAGUCUUGUCACAGACAUCCAGGAAAUGGGUGUGGAGGCAGUCGCAAUCAAAGCCGACGUUUCUCAGGGGCCGACGCUCCUCUUCAUGAGUUCGAUUUCUGCCCGAGCGACCGGAAUAAAGAACCAUUCAGUCUACACGGCAUCCAAAGCAGCCAUAGAGGGCUUCGUUAGGUCGUUCGCACUGGAAGCUGGCCGGAGAAAGUUAACAGUCAAUGGAAUCGUUCCGGUGGAACAAAGACCAACAUGUUCCAUGAGAACGCCUGGAAGUACAUCCCUGGAGCUGACUCCCUUGGAUCACUGCGGGCUCCCGGAAGACAUCUCAAAUGUCGUGAGAUUCUUGGUUCACCCACAGGCUGGAUGGAUCAAUGGGCAAAUGGUCACAAUCAGCGGAGGAGCCACGGUCUAG